GGCGGCGGAGGCGGCGGCGGGGGCGGGGGCGGCGGUGGGGGCGGCGGGGACGGCUCCCCUUGGUCCACCAGCCCCUUGGGCCAGCCGGACAUCAAGCCCUCGGUGGUGGUGCAGCAGCCGGGGCGUGGAGACGAGCUUCACGGGCCGGGGUCCCUGCAGCAGCAGCAGCAACACCAGCAGCAGCAACAACAGCAACAGCAGCAACAGCAACAGCAGCAACAGCAGCAGCGGCCGCCGCAUCUGGUACAUCACGCCGCCAACCACCACCCGGGGCCCGGGGCAUGGAGGAGCGCGGCAGCGGCGGCUCAUCUCCCGCCCAGCAUGGGAGCGUCCAACGGGGGCUUGCUCUACUCGCAGCCCAGCUUCACCGUGAACGGCAUGUUGGGCGCUGGGGGCCAGCCCACAGGGCUCCAUCACCAUGGCCUGCGGGACGCCCACGACGAGCAGCACCACGGGGAACACCAUCCGCACCCGCACUCCCACCCUCACCAGCAGCCCCCGCCGCCGCCGCCGCCCCCGCAGGGCCCACCGGGUCAUCCGGGACCCCACCACGACCCACACUCGGACGAGGACACGCCGACCUCAGAUGACCUGGAGCAGUUCGCCAAGCAGUUCAAGCAGCGGCGGAUCAAACUGGGAUUUACCCAAGCGGACGUGGGACUGGCCCUGGGCACCUUGUACGGGAACGUGUUCUCGCAGACCACCAUCUGUAGGUUCGAGGCCCUGCAGCUGAGCUUCAAGAACAUGUGCAAGCUGAAGCCUUUGUUGAACAAGUGGUUGGAGGAGGCGGACUCGUCCUCGGGCAGUCCCACCAGCAUAGACAAGAUCGCAGCCCAGGGGCGCAAGCGGAAAAAGAGGACCUCCAUCGAGGUGAGCGUCAAGGGGGCUCUGGAAAGCCAUUUCCUCAAAUGUCCCAAGCCCUCGGCCCAGGAGAUCACCUCCCUGGCGGACAGCUUACAGCUGGAGAAGGAGGUGGUGAGAGUUUGGUUUUGUAACAGGAGACAGAAAGAGAAAAGAAUGACUCCUCCGGGAGGGACUCUGCCGGGAGCCGAGGAUGUAUACGGGGGGAGUAGGGACACACCACCACACCAUGGGGUGCAGACUCCAGUCCAGUGA